UAUGGGAAACAAUACUGGAGACUGCCAGUUUCAAUUCAGGUGUUUACUACUUUACUCCUAUCGCACCGAGAGUUUUCAUCCAAAACAGUAUUUUCUUUCAAAAAAUCACCAUGACUAACUGGAUUGCCUUGACUCUUUGCUUUAUUUUAAUGACUACGGUCAUCCCUGUUAAGGCAGCAUCAAGCGCUAUAAGUUGCAUUAAAUCCACUAAGGAUUGCAUUCGAAGUUCUGAAUGUUGUACCGGCUGUUGCCACAUUAGCAAAUGUGUCGAAUACAAUGAAUCUUGCCUGGGCGACCUAGAAAAAUUGGGGGCAGGACAUGGAGCAUUGUGCAAUCCAAAAUGUUCAGCGGGUCAAACUUGUCAAUUGCAACAAGUCCAAUGUAUAAGAGCUCCUUGUCCGCCGAUCGCAACUUGCGUUUCUGAUGAUUAUCGUGAUUAUGACAAUUAAAAAUAUAUUUUUACUUAAAUUUAUUAUAAAAUCAGUAACAAAAAAUAAAGCAUUCUAUCUAAUUAA